AUGGGCCUGUUGGCUGAAAAUGUGUCCUUCGAGUCCACCAUCCCCCCAGCAGCAGACGUGUCCGUGGGAAUCAUCUACUCCAUCUUUGGAGUGUGUUCCCUGUGUGGGAACAGUGUGUUACUGUACGUGUCCUAUCGGAAGAGGCACCUGUUGAAGCCAGCUGAGCUCUUCAUAGUCAACCAGGCCCUGAGUGACCUGGGCAUGACGCUCUCCCUCUACCCCCUGGCUGUCAUCUCCAGCUUCAGCCACAGGUGGCUGUUUGGGAAGACGGUGUGUCUGAUCUAUGCGUUCUGCGGCAUCCUGUUUGGGAUCUGCAGUCUCACCACUCUGACGCUCCUCAGCACUGUCUGCUGCCUCAAGGUCUGCUGCCCCGUUUACGGUAACCGUUUCACCCACCGACACAGCGGUGCCCUGGCGGCGUGCGCGUGGGGCUACGCUCUGCUCUUCGCCUGCUCGCCGCUGGCUCGAUGGGGCAGCUUCGGCCCCGAGCCGUACGGCACGGCCUGCUGCAUCGACUGGGCACGCUCCAGCCGCGAGCCCCUGGCGCGCUCCUACACGUUGGCGCUGUUCCUGGGCUGCUACGCGCUGCCAUGCGCCCUGAUCGGCUCCUCCUACACGCUCAUCCUGCUCACCAUGCGCCACUCCAGAAGGGCGCUGCGCCAACACUCGCUGCCCAGGCCGGCACCGCGACGCACCCGGAUGCCGCACGAAGACGGGCAUGGGCAUAUGCACGCGCAUAGUCAGUCGCGCAUGGCGAAUAUACAGAUCAUCAUCGUCAAGCUGUCGGUGGCGGUGUGCAUCGGCUUCCUGGCGGCGUGGAGCCCGUACGCGGUGGUGUCCAUGUGGGCGGCGUUCGGCCACUACCAGGACAUCCCGCCGCUGGCCUUCGCCGUGCCGGCCGUCUUCGCCAAGUCCUCGCCCCUCUACAACCCCCUCGUCUACCUCCUGCUCAAGCCCAACUUCCGACAGGACCUCCACUCUCUGCUGCUGGCCUGCGUCUGCGUGUCCGGGGCCGGUACCGGUGCCGGUACUGGUACUGGUACUGCCACUGGUUGGAAGUGCUAG